ACUCACAUAUCCGCUCCUAUAGAUUCCACAAUGGACAAGGGGACCAGGAAUAGCCGUACGGAUGAUUAGAUUGGUUUUGUUGCAUUACCACUACUUAAUGUAAAGAUAAUUCGAUUGUUUUUGGAUUAGGGGUUGAUGAGUAGCCUAUUGCACUGACGUGGUAUGCUCUGGAUACCGCCCAAAAAGUAGUCGGUCCCAAACGAAGAAAUAAUAAUAAGGUUCUAGCUAAGUGGGUUGGUUCUUCUCAGUUGUCCAGGUUAGCCUAUACAAUUAAUGAGAAGGGAGAAUGACUUGUGUAAAUGUCCUAGAAUGUUUUGGAAUGAGCUCUGAGCCCGUGGCAAUAUCAGUUGAGAUUUUCUAAAGAUUCUAAAGUAGGACCAUAAAGUGAUUGGAUGCCCUGUCUGUCGCGGGGCGGGUUGCUGUCCGACGGGGAGGGGGUCGCCAUCCGACACCGAGUGGGUCGCUGUCCGUUGAGCUAGUGGUGCUGAAGUCUGGAUGAUGCCUGUUCGGCGACUGCAAGGCUGCCGCUCCCUCCACUUAAACGAAGACAACGGCCGCUUCUUGCUACUAGCCAUCCUGAUCGUUCUGUAUCUGCUGUGCGGUGCCGUGGUGUUUUCUGCUAUAGAGCGUCCUUCGGAGGUGCAGGCGCACGGCAAAUGGAACAUAACACUUUUCAACUUCAGCGAGACGUUCAAUAUCAGUUUGGAGGAUCUGAACUUUUUCCUACGGGAGUAUGAGACUGCAAUUGCCGCGGGGAUCCGAGCUGAUGCUCUCAGGCCGCGAUGGGAUUUUACAGGUGCUUUUUAUUUUGUUGGGACUGUGGUGUCAACUAUUGGUUUCGGGAUGUCCACUCCAGUGACGGUAGCAGGGAAGGUGUUCCUGAUCUUCUACGGUCUCCUCGGCUGCGCAGCCACCAUCUUGUUCUUUAACCUCUUCCUGGAACGCAUUAUCACCCUCCUGGCUGUGGUCAUGAAGGCCGUGAGGGAACGGCGCAUUCGGAACUCCGGCCUCCUCCCGCCGGGUAUCCGCCAUGACUUCUCAGCGUGUUCUUUCCCGGGGUGGAAGCCGUCUGUCUACCACGUCAUGUUGAUCCUGGGGCUAUCCGCCAUCAUCAUCUCCUGCUGCGCCUCGGCCAUGUACACCCCCGUGGAGGGAUGGGCCUACCUCGACUCACUCUACUUCUGCUUCGUCACAUUCAGUACCAUCGGCUUUGGGGACCUGGUGUCGAGCCAGAGAGCAGACUAUGAGUACCAGCCACUGUACCGUCUAGCCAACUGCCUGUUCAUCCUUAUGGGCGUGUGUUGCAUCUACUCUCUGUUCAACGUCAUCUCCAUCGUCAUCAAACAGGUGCUCAACUGGAUGCUUCAGAACUUAUGCUGCCAGCGGUGUAAAAUCAAGUCCAACUCUUUCCCAUUGGGUCGCCGCAAUGCCAUCCGGCCUGGUUCGAGGAUCCGUAAAGGUCGCUUCCGAAUCAAACGCACGCCGGACUCAGGGGAUUCGGGACCCUGCGAAAGCGACAUGGAGGGAGGAGGACGCAGACUCUCGGGAGAGAUGAUUUCAAUGAAGGACCUGACGGCCUCAAAUAAGGUCUCACUGGCACUCAUGCAGAAGCAGUUAUCAGAGUCCGCUAACGGUUAUCCCAGGACGGUGUGCGGCGGCUCGAGACAUAACGGGUUCUCUGGAGGAGUGGGCGCUCUGGGGAUCAUGAACAACAGGCUGGCAGAGACCAGCAACUCCAGGUAGAACUGAGCAGUGUUUCUCCACUUCUAGUCCGUGAACAGGCACUGGUCUGUGGGAUGGGACUUUCAGUCCGAGAGAUGAGUAGCUGACUUAAUUUAAGCGCUCCCUCAAGGAGUAAAGACCAUAGACUGCUUGUCUUAAUGAAAAGGUUGAGACACACUGGAGAAAACCCUGCAGGAAAAUGUGCUUAAGAAGACAUACUGAUGGAGAGAAAGAGAGGCGCUUAAAGAUUCUGCAAGGUUUCAUGUGAUGAACUAUACUUGCUAUCACUCUUGUCAUGCUUGAUUAUGUCUGGUCCUUCGUUGGAAGAGCAUGAUGAUAUGCAUGACAUUUUUAGGGAUGUAAUCAACAUCCUGUGAUGAUUGAGGGUGAUGAUGAUGAUGAUGAUGAUGAUGAAAGAUGAUGAUGCUGGACAGUUGUAGUGAUACUGUGGGAAGGAAAGUAACCUUCUUGUAACUGAACUUUGGAAGGUCAAAACACUUGCAAAUACCAUGAGGCUAUAACCUUACAUUUUGCUCUCUGACUCAAAGCAACCGGAUAACAUUUUCACUGAUAUAGCAGUGGUAUUCUUCAGGGUAAUUAGUUAGCCAUACCUGAGUAGAUCUCUGAGGCUGUAUGUAUCAUGCGUCUUAGAUACAGAGAGACAGAAAGUGAGAUAGAUCCUAGAUCAGCACUCCUCCUCUGAGGACUUGAUACAUUUUGACUUCUACAGUGUACUGUACUGGAAGAGGCAACUCUGUGUGAUCAUUAUUAGGCUACAUCAUUAUUGCUUCUGAGCUUUUUCAAUAAGUAUGACAUUUAUAAGUAGAUUUGAAUGUAAAGGUUGAGUUGGUACUGUAGCUGUCAUUUCUGUAUGGUAUAACUAUGCAUUCCAUGUCUCAUGGUGGAGAACAAUAGGAACUCAUCUACAUAUCAGAUCCACAUACAGACCUGUCCUGAAGUAUGGAAGCUGAACCAUAGAGAAACUAAGCUUACAGACCUGACCUGAAGUAUUGAAGCUGAACAAUAGAGAGACUAACCUUACAGACCUGUCCUGAAGUGUGGAAGCUGAACAAUAGAGAGACUAACCUUACAGACCUGUCCUGAAGUACGGAAGCUGAACCAUAGAGAGACUAACCUUACAGACCUGUCCUGAAGUAUGGAAGCUGAACCAUAUAGAGACUAACCUUACAGACCUGUCCUGAAGUAUGGAAGCUGAAACAUAGAGAGAUUAACCGUAGGGAUGGCAAACCUAGUCUCAACUACUAUAUGAAUAGAAUGACUUGAAUGGAGAGUCAAGCCAUUCAUGUCAAUGUUCUGUGAUGGGUGGGCCGGCGACCAUAUGGAUUGUACCCAUGCGAGGAAGUACAAGCAAGAAAUCAUUAUAUUUCUAUGGUCUCAAGCAAUCAUCUUGAUACUAGUCUAAUCUUAAACUCAGGUGACUGAUUCUGUUGGGGAAGAGGAGACAGGUUCAGCACGCCCCUAAUCACCCCUCAACCCUUCCCUCUGGCCCUAGCGCUUUGAUGUUUAACAAUCUGUAAGGUAGAAGCAAUAUGGUGGAAGCUCCAACACUUCACUGUUGAUACCUAUCCAAACCCUUCAGAUCUGCCAAUUUAGGGCCAACGGGAAGGGUAAAACAAAUCAUUCAGACUGGCUCGUGUUUUCAUUUGGGGUUCAUGCUACUGCUGUACUGUGAUGUAGCCUACAGACCAGCUCUGUUAUGUCAGUCAGUUCAGUGAGCUCCUAGUAAGAUAUUCCGCAACUGAGCCUGAGUGCAGGUCUAAAAACAGUCAUUUCCUUUUCUCAAGAUGGAUUUGUGCAGCGAGGAGAGGGGAGGUAGGGAGCUCAGAUCAUGUUUCAGGUCAAAGAGCAUUCUACUUACUUUAUGUAUGU